AUGUCUUACCCGACCAAGCCGGCUUUCGUUCAUGUUGGGACCUGGGACGAUGAAACUCGCAAGCACCCUGCAAUGAAGUGGAUGGAACAAUACACAAUCGAAUUCAACAAGCGUGGAGACUGGAGUAAGGAGGAGAGUGACUGGUUGUCCAAGGAUGCCGUGCUCAUCAAACCCGACGGCUCAGUUCACAAGGGAAAUGCAGAUGCAUUCAAGGAAGCAAAGGCGGUCUACAGCGCAUUUACCUCGGAAUUCCAUGAGCCCUACUUUCUUAUCUGCGUUGACACGGACGACGGCUGGGAGAUGAUCGGCACAGCCCACAUGUUCGCCAACUGCCAGGGAACACCAACCGCGGCGGAGAAGAAGGUCAAGGACCUACAGGGGAGGGAAUGGGAUGUCAAGAUCCCGGGAGGGUUUCAUUUCUACUAUGCGAAGCAAUCGAAGGCGGCCCAUGACGGUAUUGUGCUGAAGAAGACGGAGAUCCUGUGUGAUUCCAUGCCAGCAGUGCAGAUCCUGUUGGCGAGAGGAGUCCUCAAGCUGUGA